AUGAUUACGAAACGUACGUUACUUCUAGUCUGCCUUUGUCACUUCGUCUUUGACGACGUGUUUGGUGAAAACGAUUCAAUUUCCAGUCGCGGUUCAACCCACUCUCAUCGUUCUCCUGGCCCACCUGGAAAAAGAGGUUUAAAGGGAGAAAUGGGUGGAAUAGGGAUGCCUGGGGUCAAAGGUCAACAAGGCGACCCAGGAAUUGUCGAUUAUCAAAAAGUCAAUGCCACCGUUGAAGAGCUAUUUAAGAAAUUAGUUGAGAAGUCAGUGAUUUCAAGAAUUGAAGAAUUAGAAGAACGAAUGCUGGCAAAACUUGGUGAAUUGGAAGAGAAGAUUGAAUCAGGACCCUGUGACGGUGUAGUGCAUCUCGGGAAAUGUUAUCAAGCUUCUUUACACACCGCAAGAGAUGUCACUUACGACGAAGCUGUUGCAAUGUGUACAAAAAUGUCGGCAAAACCAGCAGACAUAAUCGAUUCUCAACAUUAUGAUUUGAUCUAUUAUUAUAUUUGA